AUGCCCGAGUUGCCGGACUGUAGUCAUCACUCGUUAUGGGAAACGUGGGAACUCGUGAUGGAAGCCUCAGUACUGCGUGUAGUGCAAGACGAACGAAAUAGUCUGCUGAUUUCACAGAUACCGGGAACUGAUCCUGUGAGAGAGUUCUUUAGAGACCAGCUGAGAGCGUUUAGUGUUUGGUUGCGGAGAAAACACAAUUCAGGUGUUACUGCGCCGCCGGUUGUGAUGCCGUCGAAUCCAACUAGAGUGGCGGUGGUUGGUGGAGGAGCGAUGGGGACCUUCUUCGCUCAAGCGUUGUCUAAAAAAGUUCCCGAUGUUGUGCUCAUGACGAGUCCCCACUCACAUGCAGCGGCGAUGAUGAUGAACUCGGGUUUGGAUUGUGUGGACAAUGAGGGCAGGAUGUUGCCAGCUCUGGAGGGAACACAACCGAACAGUGUGGGAUUCCGAGUUGUUCAUAAUGCUGAAGAUUGCCUAAGUGCAUUCGGUGGUACUACACCGGAGCUUGUGGUGGUAGCCUCAAAGGCGUGGCAGUUGGAAGAUCCAGAUGUCGUUAAGAAACAUCUUUCUGGUUUGCUCAGUGAUGGAGCGCCUGUGCUUAGUAUCCAAAACGGCAUUGGAGCUGUUGAUGCGUUAUCGGUCGUGAGCAAAAAUAUCUUCCAGGCGGUUACCAACAUUGGUUGCAACCCACCCCGGCCUGGCGUGUUGGAGGUCAACCUUAUCCCCCCGAAGAGUAUCUCUGAGCACGCAGAUGACAAUCUCCCUCGAUUACUAUCAGCGUGUUUCAAGGACGCCCAGGUUCCCUGCAAUGUGCCAGAUGCUGUUGAUGAUGAUGAAGCUCAGCAGAUGGUUUGGGACAAACUAAUAGUAAAUGUCGCUACUAACCCGGUGACUGCCAUUUUUGGGGUUCUGAACGGCGAAAUUUUGGACAAUUCUCAACUGUAA